AUGUAUUUUGGUUUUGUGGUUCUUGAGGUGGUCCUGGCGGUGGCCAUUAUCUCCAUCAACUUGCUGGUUUGUGCCACUGUCUACCUGCACAAGGAGCUGAGAUGCAUCACCAACUAUCUGAUUGUGUGCCUGGCAGUGGCCGACCUUGGUGUGGGAGCCCUGGCCAUCCCCUUCUCAAUGGUACUCAGCAUGGAGUAUGUCCUCUGUUUCUACACGUGCCUCUUCCUCACUUGCUUCCCACUGGUCACCACCCAGUUCUCCAUCCUCCUCCUGCUGGUCAUUGCCAUCAAUGCCCACCUGAAGAUCAAGCUGCCCAACAGCUACGCCGUGCACGUGAAGAAGGGAGGGAUGGUGAUCAUUUUGAUCUUCUGCUGGCUGCUGUCUCUGCUGAUAGGUCUCUCGCCAAUGAUGGGCUGGAACCGCUUCCAGCACUAUGCGGAGACCAGCAACAAGACGCUGCCUUUCAGCUUCCCCUCCGAGAGGACGGCCUUCGUCAUCAUCGCCCGUGACCUGCCUUACGGAGGCUUCCUCUCCAAGGUCUAUCCACGGCAAGAGAACCUCAGCUACUCCGAGAUCCACAGCGGACAUCUGGGCCUCUGUUCCUUCACCUCCAUUUUCAGCCCAGAGUACGUGGUCUAUUUCAACUUCCUGAUCUGCACCCUGCUGCCCUUGGCCGCCAUGUUGGGCAUCUAUGCUGACCUCUUCCGGGUAGUCCGCGGCCACUUCCAGUCGCAGGCUCCUUGGCCAGGCAAGAAAAGGGAGUUGCAGAUGGCCCGCACCCUCUUCCUCUUGGUGGGCGUCUUUUGCAUUUGCUGGAUGCCACUGCAUGUCAUUUACUGUGUCCAGCUGUUGUGCCCAGACUGCCAGCGUUAUGAGUCACUGGACCGCCUGGCUGUGUUGCUCUCCCACCUAAAUUCCUUGGCCAACCCACUAGUUUAUGCCCUGAGGAAGAAAGACUUUGGGCUAGCCCUCCGAUCUGUAUUCCUCUACCGUGUUUUGCACUGGCCCAGGCUGAAGGCCUGCAUUUGUCCCAACCCCAAAGUCCAUCCCCAGGCCUGA